AUGCUCUUCAAAGUCCCCAUUUUCGCAUGUCUGGCUUCGCUCGCCGUUGCGGACUUCGACAUGUUCUGGUUCGCGGAGAACGUUCUCGAUGUCGGUGUGGGCGCAGAAAGGUACAGCAGCAUCAAGUUCCUCAACGAGCCGCCGAAUUGCAAAGACUUCGUCAACGGCGCGCAGAUGAAACCGGGGUUUGGUGGUGAUGUCAGCGACAGCAAACAUGGCGGCAUUGCCUGUGAUGGUUGCCCCGUCAACAAGGCCUGGAAGGAAUGGACCCCAAGCCGUGUUGAAGUCCACGAUUACAACAAACAAGUCUUCGCAAAUGGGGCGUGGCAUUUCAAGAAGACAAUGUUAUUGGCCAACGUAGCUUUCCUGCGAAAAGACAGGAGGUGA